UGACGUCAUCACCAUCUUGUGAGUUUACAGUGCUGCCUUCAAUAAAAAUACCAUUCAAUUUUAGUAAAUAAACUAGUUAACGAAAAACAUAGCAUAGUGUUGUCGUGUAUCUCUUUAAAUAUAGUACCAAAGACCAGAUUAAUUAAAACUGCGAAGACAAGGAUUUCGCAAGGAGAAAUCUAAUGGUUUUCAACUAGAUUUGUAACAACACACAACAUGAACCAAGAAGAUGAACAUGUUUGGAAGAAAAUUAGAUGCGAACAGCGAGACGAGCGUUUUAAACUUGAAGUUGAAUUUGACCUGCGGACAGGCUUUCAGGUGGAGAACAUGUGAGAACUUCUUGAUCGGUGUUAUGGAGCACAGAGUAUGGCAAUUAAAGCAAGAUAAUGAUCAUAUUUAUUAUAAAGUUAUCGCUUGUCCGCAUUGGAAAUUCAAUCAAAUUUCAGAAAAAUUAAAAAAAUCAUCUCGAAAACGAAAAUCCACUGGAAAUGUGGCAGUAAACACAAACAAGUGUUUGGACACAAAAAGAAUUUGUGAGUGCUCUUCGUUUGAGGAAAAAAUAUUGUGUGACUACCUACGUCUAAACAUUGAUUUAAAGAAACUUUACACUGAAUGGAAGAACAGAGAUGAGAAGUUUACACACAUUUCAUCUUCAACCCCUGGUAUACGGGUGUUGCGACAAAACCCAUUGGAAACUCUGUUCUGUUUCUUAUGUUCAGUCAACAACAAUAUCACAAGAAUCGUCUCCAUGAUUGAAAGAAUGUGCAAGCUUUAUGGAAACAAACUUUUAGAAUAUAAAGGAACUACAUUUCACGACUUUCCAACUCUUGGUAUGUUGGCUUCAAAAGAUACAGAUGAGGAUCUAAGGAAGCUCGGCUUUGGCUACAGAGCUCCAUUUAUUGGUAAAUGUGCAAAAGAGGUCAUGAGCAAAGGAGGCGAGGUAUGGUUGGAAUCAUUGAGGAAACAAACUUAUAAAAAAGCAUUCACUGCUCUGACUGAUCUUACUGGGGUUGGAAUGAAAGUUGCCGACUGUGUAUGUUUAAUGGCGAUGGAUAAACUAGAAGCUGUACCAUUGGACACGCAUGUAAGGCAAGUGGCACUUCGUGAUUACAACUUCAAGGUAAAAACCAAAACCUUGUCCACACGGUCAUAUACAGAGAUGGGCUCUUUCUUUAGGAGCCUAUGGGGGGGAUAUGCUGGCUGGGCACAAGCAGUAAUAUUUGUCAACGAAAUCAAAGAACUUCCACAAAUUUACGCAAUUAAUGAAGAUGUUGUGAAAUAAAGCAAACAGUUGCAGCUAAUAUUUCAAUAUUAAGGCAGAACAAAUGCAUUUUUGAAAUUUAUGAAUUUUGAUACUGAUGUGUGUAAGUACAAGGUUUGUUUGGUAUUUCAAGGUCGGGUAAAUACAAAGUAGUUGCAUAUGACACACCACACAACACAAUAAAACAGUAUUCACUACCGCAACAGCAAGUUGAAUAAUUGCGAUCCAAUAACACAACAUUAAGUGCACUUUCUUACUCCAAAAAAUGGAAUGCAACACCACAAUUGUGAAGUAGAAAGUAAUAAUUAUCAAAAAUCGGUUUAAAAUACUGCUGUAACAAUUACGCAAAACCGUACUACUCUAUAGGUCAAUGACAAUGCUCAUUCAUAUCUA